AUGGCUUCUACACACGAAAAGAACGGCGAAACACCAGGCGUAACCAAGCAGCUUUGCCAGUGGCUGGAGACUUUCACCUUGGACGAUGUCCCUGAAGAUGUACGCGUUCGAGCCAAGUACCUCAUCUUGGACGGUCUUGCAUGCGGUAUUGUAGGCUCUCAUCUGCCAUGGACGGAAAAGGCAGCAAAGACCUUUUUUGAGAUGGAGCCAACGGGAACCAGCAUAGUAUGGGGUUACAGCGACAAGAAAGUUAGCCCUCUGUCUGCUGCGCUGCUCAACAGCACAUCGGUUCAAUCAUUCGAGCUUGAUGAUUGGCACUUGUCCGCCCCCUUACAUUCCAACUCUAUUAUUAUCCCAGCUCUUUUCUCAGCUAUAAGCCAUCGUGAAGUCGGACAGUCGACCAAGACUGAUGGCAAGACUUUCCUUGUCUCCGUCAUUGCCGGAUACGAAACAGGUCCCAGAGUCGGACUUGGCCUGCAUGGCGCUCACAUGCUCACUCGAGGAUGGCAUUCGGGAGCAGUAUUUGGCCCGUCAGCCUCAGCCGCCUCGGUUAGCAAACUACUACAGCUUCCUGCCAGCUCGAUUGAGGAUGCACUCGGUAUCGCCUGUACUCAGGCAGGUGGAUUAAUGUCUGCCCAGUUCGGCAGCGAAGUAAAGCGCAUGCAGCACGGCUUUGCCGCACGAAGUGGUCUCCUUGGUGCUCUUCUGGCACAAAACGGCUACACCGGAAUCAAGAAUGUCUACGAAGAGAAAUUCGGAGGAUACCUCGCUAUGUUUGGUCAGGGCUCCGGCAAAGAACCCUCAUAUCUGCCAGAGGAGGUCAGCAAAGAACUCGGCGAGACCUGGCAAUCACGCCUCAUUCGAGUCAAAUACCAUUCUUCCAUGGCCGGUACUCAUUGCACGGUUGAUUGUGUUCGCGCACUGCAGGACAAAUACCCCGAGAAACUGUCGGAUCUCAAAGCAAUUGCCAGCAUCAAGCUAGAUAUGACCGAGGUCGCAUUCCACCACGGCGGAUUUGAUGUGAAGCGACCAGUGGCGGCGACCGGGGCCCAGAUGAGCGCUGCAUACACUGCAGCUACACAGCUUGUUGACGGGCAAGUGCUUCCCAGCCAAUUCCGACAUGACCAGCUCGACCGCGACGUUGUUUGGGAGCUGAUUGGAAAGACCAAAUGUUACCAUGCGCUUGACCUUGGUGACGAACGUUAUACGCAGCGCGUUACUAUUACUCUCAAUGACGGCACGGUUCUGAGCGAGACCUUGAAGGCCCCGAAGAGUGUGGCGCCGGGAUUGACUAACGAAGAGAUUCUGGAGAAAUGGCGACGACUGACACAGGGUCUCGUUGAAGAGGAGAGACGGGAUCAGAUUGAGAAGAUGGUCUUGGACAUUGAAAAUGUGGACGAUGUGGCUGUCCUGAACCAACUCAUGGCAGCGCCGUUCCUGAAUCCUAUUGCUUAA